CUUCCCUACCUUCCCUUAGGUAUUGUAUUGUAUUGCACCUUACCUCAUGCCCAGCCAUCUUAUUGUCCAGCGGAGUUUCCAUUGUAGAAAAAAAGACAAUAUGAAACAACUUCCACCUUCCAUCCGCAAAUACUGUGAGAGAGUAAUUUCUUAUUCUUUCCUACUACCUACCUACCUAAGAGGUACCUAGUAAAAAUCAACUCUCUCUACCUAACAUACGUCAAAAUAACCCAACAACUCUGGAAUCCUCGAUCUACCCUGUCUUAUUUAUAUACCUAAUCCUAAGCUGAUAACAUUAUCGUAAUACACUACACAAACCCCCCCUAAACAGUGCGGCGGUGGAUCCCUAAAGCAAAAACGCUAUCUGGACAAUUAAAAAUAGCCAGAAUGGCUUCGGCGACGGGAAUACCCCAACAUCCCCCGAUCGACUCGGACAAUGACGGACAACACAACGACGGACACCAAGGUGGUGAUCUAGAACCUCUACUCGGCCGCACGGGCGAUGCUUCUCAAAGAGAGAAUGCUCCCAUAAUCAAAAACCUCGUCAUCGGCACCGGCGUGCUCGCCGAGGCUGGCGCCAUCCUCCUCGUGGUCUCGGUCUGGGCCGCUGUCUUCCUCCACGGGCCGCUGAUCCUGUUCUCCGUGCACCCGCUCGCGCAGUCGUUCGGCCUGCUCGUGCUCAUCCAGUCGAUCCUCGUCCUGCAGCCCACGCACACCGGCGCCCAGAAGCAGGUCGGCCAGAAGAUCCACGCCGGCCUCAACUUCCUCGGCAUCAUCUCCUUCGCCGUCGGCGUCAUUAGCAUCGAGGUCAAUAAGUCCAUAAAUAACGGCCCUCAUUUUCACUCCGUCCACGCCUACCUCGGCGUCAUCGCCUCCUUCUGGAUCCUCUUCCAGUACCUCGUCGGGUUCACCAUGUUCGCUACCCCGAAGCUGUACGGCAGCGAGGCGAAAGCUAAGAGCAUCUGGAAGUACCACCGUUCCAGCGGCUACGUUCUUCUCUUGUUCCUCGCGGCCACCGUCAUCAGCGCGACGCAGACCGACUACAACCUUGCUGUUCUCGGGUUGAGGUUGUGGGCUAUGAUCGUGAUCGCCGUGCUGAUUAUUCUUGGCGUGUUCCCGCGCAUCAGGAAGCAGAAGCUCGGUUUUUAAGAAUGCCGCAAUGGGAAAAGAGAAUUUAUAUUGGAGAGUAUACAGCGCACUGCAUAAAAACACCAAGGUUGGGGUUUGCGUUUAAGAGGCCAUAUGCUAAGCAUAUUCGGUCAGUUUAUGUGCGGUUUUGGAUCCCCCCUUCUAUUUCUUUUAUGAGGUACUUGGCUGUGGCGUCAAAUAUUGUUCUCGGCUCGGUCGGUUUGGUACCGGAGCCUUCGUCUUAGGCGGGGUCAAAGGCGAAUUUUUGAUUUAUUUUAGGUUAGGUUAGGUAGGUUCGGCAUAACCAUAGUGGGCAUCUAAAAAUGGAUGGCAGGUUGUUAUGAGCAGAUAGUUUGUUUACGUUGGGAUUCGGAAGGGCAAAGCAGUAAUAAAACAUGACGUGAUAUCCUAUCUAUUUCUCAUUUACAUUCGCAUUCA